UCUGUGUACUUUUAACUUUCAAGGUUUAAGCUUUUAACUUUCAACUUCUGUCUUUCUGACUCUUUCUCUCCAUCUUUCCUCGCUUUUCUGUUUCGCUGAUUAUUUCAAGUGUACUGUACACGUACCUCCACGGAAGUCAAAAUUAUCAAUUCGUUAAUCAAAAGUAGUUUGCGCGUUCGUUUCGAGACUCGCUAUUAUCGUAACCGAAUCUCCGAGCUCAGACUAGCCGUAGUUCUCGAACGAUGCAUUAGUGGUUAGUUUUCUUAGGUUUUUUGCUACCUUGCACACAUCGCAUACCUACUAGAACUUUGGUGUUGCACCACCUGAGGAUUGUCAGGAAUUAGGAUGGCCGAGGACAAAUCCGCGGAUAACCGGCUGCGCGAAAUCCAGCACCAUAUCCGCCAGAAUGCCAUGGACACCAGCAGCUACUUGGCGGAGCUGCAGCAGUGGGAGAACGACAUCCGCAAGAAGGAUGCCGAGUUGUUGCAGGCCAAAGACAGCGGAGUGCCGCCAGCACCCGCAUCUCAUCCGAUCAGAAAAUCUUCCAAUGGGAUUUCGUAUGGUAACAAGAAGGCAGAACCGAAAACAGUGAAGUCGGAGAAGAAAACGAUGGGAACCAUCGGUAGUGAUGCCACGGCGAAAACUCCGCGGAUUAAAUCGUACGACUAUGCUGCGUGGGAUAAAUUUGACGUGGACAGAGCUUGCGACGAUGUCGACUAUCGAACACCAUCCGAUGAUGAAAAAUCGGAGCCUGUUGCAACACCGCCCAUCGCUAAUGGCGCCACUGCGCCAAAGACGAAUGUUGAGGACAAAACCAAACAGGCUGAAUUGGAAAAAUCCCUGGGAAAUGAAAUGUUUGAAAAGGGACGAUUCCCGGAAGCGGUUGCGCAUUAUACCCGCGCCAUGGAGCUGGACGAUAAAAAUCCCAUUUAUCCUGCAAAUCGCGCUAUGGCCAAUCUGAAGCUGAAUGAUUUCUCGGCUGCUGAAUCCGAUUGCACCAUCGCCUUGUCGCUGGACGCUAACUACGUCAAAGCGUAUCAUCGCCGUGCUACGGCACGCCUGUCACUGAAAAAUUUCCAGGGAGCUAAAGCGGAUUUCACCCGUGUCAUUUCUCUGGAUGCCAGCAAUAAAGACGCGAAGGAGAAGCUUAAAACCAUCCAAGAGUGGGAAGCCAAAUAUGUCAAGCCAACUGCGGCAAAACAGCCGCUGGCCAGCAAGAAAUUAGGCGAUCUGGAAAUGCGACCGGUUGUCAGUCAGCAGAUCAAAACACCCGCAAAACCGGAGCGAACUGACGGAAAGAUCCGUGUUUAUCCCGUAGAAAAAUCGAAUCUGUCAUUGUCAAAGAAGCCAUUACGAAAUGUCCCCAUUCAAGAUGGGGACGCGAAUGAGAGCGAGCCGCUUGUUGAAAAAACGGUCACCGUAUCAGCCGUUGCGGCCAGUAAACCUCCACCGGUCAACCAUGCCGCGGCUCAGUUUUCCAGCUCGGGGAAUUCUACUGUGUUGCCGCCGAAAAAUGCCAUGAUUUCUAGCCGGGAAUUCUUCCAGUCCUGUGCAGCUUUGUGCAGCAAUGCUGCAGCCGCUGCGGAUUACAUACAGAACAUCGAUCCUUCAUGGUAUAUAAAACUGAUCGGGCAUAAUCUGGAAGCGGACAUUUUUAAUACGGUUUUCCUGGGAUCUCUGGCAUUCGCUCGCAGGUCAGCCUUGAAGGAAUGUUUUGCUCAUCUGGUGGGCCUCUCCGUAGUGCCGCGGUUGGGGUUUUUUGCGCAUUGUAUUUCACAGGCGGAUAAAAAAGAAUUUGCUGGAUAUUUGUCAAAGAUGGCGAAAGAGAACGUGGCCGAUGUGCAAAUGCUGCGUGAUAUUGGCGGGAAAUUCCUGAUUGAUCUGCCUUGAGCCAGUGUAUACAGUCUGUAUGCCGAUGGAUGUUUUGAGUCGUUUCGCUUCCCAUUGAUCUGUGUUGUUCCAGAUUUCUUUCAGCUUUUGUAUUGUCAGUUGAUGCUUCCUGGAGAACCAUUUCUAAUCAGAGAACAGAUGUACUGUUCAAAAGCGAAGAAUGCAUUUAUUGUUAGUUCUGGAUUUAUGUAAAAAAUAUAAAAAAGCCAUAAUUUGACAUUAAUAAAUCUCGCGAA